UUUGCGUCACAAGCAAGUUUAGCAGAAGUAUGAUACAUUAGAUGAGACGGUCUUAAGGAGCUGUCGGAGACAAGACGGAGAGAAAUGGAGGAGGACAUUAGAAAGAAGGGGAUGCUGUAUUUACAACAGCAGCGGUUUGGGAAGAAAUGGCGUAAGGUCUGGUCCGUGCUGUACCGAGAGAGCUCCUGCUCCAUCUCUCGCCUCGAGUUUUUUGAGUUUAAAGAUGGAGCUGGCAGCACGCUGGAGAAAGCCAAUCGCAAACAGGAAAACAAAAAGGUGAUAAAAAUGAGCGACUGCAUUCGUGUUUCGGAGGCUGAUGUCGAAGGCUGUCCACGGGAUUGUGGACCUUUUUUGGUGGAGACAACUGAAAAGACAUUUGUUUUCGCUGUUGAGACAGCUGAACUGGAGGACUGGAUCCAGAAACUGUGUGAAAUCGCCUUUCCGAUGAGCUGGCCAGAGAGAGGAGCGAUGAGAGGAAACAGUUUACAUGCUGAAUCUGAUGACGUUGCGAUGGCGGACAACACUCUCUACUGCAGCAGAGAAACUGCAAUGAAAGACUUUAAGGUGACGGUGAGGCGUACAGAGGCUUCUGAGAGAUGCGGCCUGAAAGGAACAGUGCUGUUACGGACUGAUUUUGAUAGCCUCCUUCUGAAGGAACCAAAGACGGGAGAAGUUCUCUACUCCUGGCCCUAUCGCUUCCUCCGCAGGUUCGGCAGAGACAAGGCAACAUUUUCCUUCGAGGCUGGGCGAAGAUGCGACUCGGGGGAAGGCAACUUUGAGUUCGACACAAAGCAAGGAAACAGCAUCUUCCAAUCUGUAGAGGCCGCCAUCAAUCUACACAGAGUCAACUUACCUCAGAAGCAGAUAUCAAGCGUGGAGCGAGAUGCCAUGCCCCCUUCACCUCGAAUGAGAGCUGUGGCAGAGAAUGUAGGCGUCUACAGUAUGGUGACUGACAGAGCAGUCAGAGACGGACCCAAACAACCCCAGAACCCUCAGCAAACCAGACUCGAACCCCCUGCUGAGAAACUUCUGACCGGAGUCAAGAGCUUGAACCUGGACACCAGGCCUCCGCCGCGAAAGAGCCAGGUCAAGAACUUCCGCAGCUGUCCUUUGGUCAACAGCGAGGAUGAGAUGUAUUCCCGAGCCAUGGCCCCUGAUCCUGAUCGGGGAAGUCCUGGGGAGAAGCGAGAAACAAAAGACCGUCGUUCCACAUGCUCCAACCCCGAGGACUCUGACUACUCGCUGCCCUUUGACACCAUUGGCAAGAACAUGGGAGAGACUUUGUCGGCAUCAAACCCUCCACCCAUGUUUGUAGAACCCAAUUGUGAAAAUGACAAGAAAGGCAAAUUACAAAACACAGAACCACUUUAUGAUAUUAUAGACGAAACUGCAAUCAGAUCUCGUUUCUCAAACAAAAAAACACCUUCAUACAAAAAAGUGGAGCACAUUUAUGAUGAACCAGAAGGUUGUGGUGUGGCCCCAAGUGGGCCUCCAUCGCUCUAUGAUGAACCUGAGGAGGUCAAAGGUCAUGCUUGGAAGAUGUUGGGCACAGUGAUGGAUCCGAGUGGGCAUGAAUACCCAUACAACGCUUCUGUCGAUGACUAUGCGGUUCCUAAACCUCCCAGGAGGGCCUUGCUUUCAAAGCAGAAGGACAAUGAGGAAGAGGACAAUUCCCCGUAUGACAACAUUAUGGUGAAAGGAGUCCAAAAGAAUAACUAAGACCUGCUUCAGAAUUUAAAGAAUUAGAAAUAAGUGAGCGUGCGAAUGAAUGAAUGAAGUAUUUAAUCAAUUAAUAUACAAGGUAUGGGUAAUAGUCAUCAGAGUGCUUUACUGUUUCCGAAUAAACUGUGAUUUUCAACACGCAUUAUCAUGUUGGUCAAUAUAAUGACAGUUAGGUUCAUCUCUUUUAGCCUUUUAACUAAUUGUGGUAAAAUUUUACUGUAAUGGAAUGUUCAGAUUGCCAUUAUUAGAAUCACAGACAUGCCCUUUUAUGUAAAUUUAGGUUUUUGUAGUGUGAUUUAAUAUUGCGCCAUAUUGAUCAUAUUCUUAAAAUUAUGGUAAAGUGUGAAUAAUAACCGUUUAUUUAAAAGAGCUAAAUUUUGGCUUUUUGAGAGCACCCAUAAUCAGUAAUCAGCUAAAUGCCUUAUGCAGUGAAUAUAUAUAUAUAUAUAUUUAUUAUAGGCAACAACUUAUUAACAACAUGCAUUGCUAUUUUCCAGCACAAUUAACAUUACAUUAUGUCGACAAGGUGAAAUUUUAUUUAUUCAGAUGAACACACUUUUGGAUUUUUAAAGAAUAACUGUAACCAAGUUGAACUAGUGCAAUAGUUAAACAAUAGUUAUAUACAAAUAUAAAGUAGUAGCAAUGCACAGUGAAUAUUAUAUUUGGCCUCUUUUUAUGUAAAUUAGACUCAUUAUAGAAUGCAGCUUUGCAUCACUAUUUGCCAUCAGAAUUACGUUGCGUUAUAUUUAUCAUUAAUAUUUAUUCGCAAACAUUUAUGGUAACAGUUUAAGACUUAUUUACUAUUAACUAAGACUUUUUAAGUUUUUAAGUUUUUUAAGUUCCUAAUUUGCUGCUUAUUAAUAGUUAUUAAGGUAAUUGUUAAGUUUUAUUUAUUUUGAUUACCCCAUUCUUGGCAAACCUCUUGAUAAAUGCUAAUUAAAAUGUAAUUAUGCUAAAUUGCCACUUUUGGCAAAACACACCCACACACAAACCAGUAGAUUUAAUAUAAUAAAACUGCUGUCCAGUGAAUGUUUAAAUUUUUUAAUGUAAAUUAUAGAUUGCACAUUAUUUGAUCUCUUUUCAUGUAGAUUUCAUGCACCCUUUUCACAACUUGCAUCGCGGUUUAUCGUUGCGUUACAUUAAUCGUGAACAUUUAUUCAACACAUUAUAUUUAUUUAGACAAGCCCACUUUCUGCUUUUUUAAAGAUCACCUGCAAUCCUGCAAAAAGUGUGUAAAUGUGCUAAAAUAGCAAUGCACUGUUAAAAAAAAAAACAAAAUUAACAUUGCAUUAUUUAACCAGUUUAGUUUACCCAGCUGCUAAUUUCACUAAAGUAGCAAUGCGCAGGGAAUAUUUUUUUUUUUUAAAUUCAUGUCCUUACCAUGUAAAUAAGGUUCAUUAUACAUAACGUUUUAUUCACAAAACUUGGCAUUUUAAAGAAACAAUUGAGUCUGCUGUGUUCACCACAACAUUGCUUAAAACCAACCCUUAAGAACUGCAUUUGUGUUCAGCGCAAAUUCUGUGGACUGAUUAGCAUAACCACAACUGCUAAAACAGCGCUAUCAGUAGGCACAGCGCAUUCUUAGUG